GAGGUAGUACGUGUACGGUGAACCGCAGAGUCGUUCGGAGUCUUCGGGCCCACAUAUCAGUGAGAUGCGCACGGGCAGCUCCCCAUCGAAGUGACGGCGCGGCCGAAGCGCGACCAACCAUGGCGGCGGCAGCGACCAGGGCGGCGGUGGAGAGCGUGGUGGCGAAACGGCACAACGUGGCGAAACGGCACAACGUGGGGACGCUGGCGCGGAGCUUGACGGCGUUCGGCGUGGCGGAGGUGGUCGUCGUCGGCCGCCGCGACGUCAGCGCCUUCGGCAGCCACGGCGCCACCUCGCACCUCCACUUCCGCCACUUCUCCUCCCUCGCCCUCGCCCGCGCAUACCUCAAGGAUGAGAGGGGAUGUGACAUUUGCGGCGUGGAGAUCACCGACGACGCGAUGCCGGUGACGGCCCACCCGUUCCGACGGAGCACCGCGUUCCUCUUCGGCAAUGAGGGUACAGGACUCUCACAAAAAGAGUAUGAGAUCUGUGACUUUUUUGUUUACAUCCCUCAGUAUGGUGGUGGAACUGCUUCUCUUAAUGUUACGGUUGCAGCUUCAAUUGUUCUCCACCACUUUGGGGUCUGGGCUGGCUUUCCUGAACAAGGCCGUGAGUGCAACAAAUUCACUGUAGCGGAUAAACCACAGGGCCACUAGAGGGGCCUUUACUCUACAGACUAAAUUGAAGCUGUGAUUGAAGAGCGGAAAAUGCGGAAAGAAAAUGCCUGCGAUAUACUUGAGGAAAAUGGAAGUAGCCAUCCUCAGGAAUCAAAUGGUCUAGAAUUGAUGUUUACAGACUAGACGAUGACUUUGGACCUCAUCAUCCCAUCUCUGUUGUUGAAUCAAGUCCCUGCAUCGGGUUGAUGGCGCAAAUUUUCAACACUACGAUGCAUGAUCCGACAAUGGAUUGGCUUUCCAGGAGAGAGAAGUAGAACACACAUAUUUUUUGCAGUUUCGCUAGCUUGGCAAGGAGCAGAAGGCGCAUCCCUUCAAACCAAACUUUUGUGAAGCCAGGGGUGAUUAUUAAGGGUGUACCUUCAAACUAAGGGUACAGGUAAAGUCUAUGCUUUAUUCUGAAAUUCUGUCUUUCAUACCAGUUUUAUGUCCCAAACAAGAUAUGUUACUUGUUAUCAGAAUUCCUCUGUUGUAAUGUAGGCGGCUGAUACUCAGCAUCAGACUUCCCACUGGACAGGAAGUUGGAUUAUAGAAUUAGAGCAUCUCUAAGAGACUCUUUAUUUGACUUCAUAUAGCCAAUUUAGAGAUUUGUGGGCUAAAAUCAUUUUCCAAUAGACUUUAUAUCUAGCUCCCUAUCUUUACUGACACCUAUCCAUUCCCUUUCGCUCGCUACUUCUGGGGAGGGGGAGUUGACUCUCUAUCCUCUAUUUUUGGCCAUCCUGCGCUCCACCUUCCUCCCACACCUGUCUUCCCGCGCUAGCUUGCCCGCCCUCCAGCGCCUGCCCUCCUCCGCCUAUGGUUAUGGUCAUUGUGAGCGGCCAACAGUAGAAGCUCGAUUUGGCUACACAAGCAGUGGGAUGGUGUGAUUCGGAGACAAGCGAUAGCGCGGUAGCUCGAUUCGGUAGCGAGCAGCGGCAUGCUCGAUUCGACGACGAGCGACGACGGUUCGAUUUGGGGACGAGCGGCGA